AUGACGCAAAGUGUGUGUGUGUUGAGGAACCCUUUGCAGACUCCAGAGGAGCAUCACUGGCCUGGCGAUCUCAUUAUGGGCGGGAAUCUGCCCCUGGGAACAUUUUCUCACAUUGGAAUGAUGAAAUUUGACUGGGAGCCAUCACGAUUCCCAAUUGCAACAGGCAUUACACCCAGGAACUACCAGCUGUUUCUGGCCUUGGUACUUGCAGUAACAAAGAUCAACAAGGAUUUGGUUCUCCUCCCCAACAUCACACUCGGCUUCCGUAUCUAUGACAAUAGCCAGAUUGAGAGGAGGAUCUCCUUGAACAGCCUCUCUCUGCUCUCCACACGAGGCCGAAUGGUUCCAGGUUAUAAAUGUGACAGGAGGGACACUCUGCUCUCCGUCAUUGGAGAUCUCAUCCCCAAAUCCUCAAGGCAGAUGGCCUCCAUCUUCGGCAUCCUCAAGGUCCCACAGCUCGGUUUUGACUUCAUUGAGUUCACUCAGGCAGACAGAACUGUUUUUCCUUCCUUUUUCCGGAUGAAUUCCAAUGAACUUCCUCAGUAUGUGGGCUUAGUCCAGCUGCUCCUGCAUUUCCAGUGGAACUGGGUUGGGCUUGUGGCCCCCGAGGAUGACAGUGGAGCAGAUUUCAUCUCCUCCCUGAUGCCGAUGCUCAAGCACAAGGAGAUCUGCCUGGCCUUCACUGAAAUGUUGACAUCUAAUGUUUUUGAUAUUAUUCUUCCCUAUUUGAAGAAUGUCCGGUUCAACAACAGUGCUGGAAAUGAAGUCUCCUUCCCAGAAAAUGGACUGGGAUCAGCUCGUUAUGAUCUUCUCAACUGGCUUUUCCUCCCCAAUCAAUCUUUUCUGCCCGUGAAAGUUGGCCGAAUAGAUCCUGGGGCUCCACCAGGCCAGGAUUUCACCAUUAACUCUGAGGCAAUCAUCUGGGCCACAAAGAAGGUGCCCUUUGCCAGGUGUGGCAUGAAGAGGUGCCAUGCGGGGGAGAGGAGAAGCGUUCCAGAGGGCCAGCAGGUCUGCUGCUACCGAUGUGACCCUUGUCCAGAAGGGGCCAUUUCUGAUCAGACAGAUGCAGCUCACUGUGACCCCUGCCCAGAAGACCAGUACCCCAACAAGGGCAAAGAUCGCUGCAUGGCCAAGAAGAUCCACUUCCUUUCCUAUCAAGAGACCUUGGGAUGCACUUUAGCUUCUCUGGCUCUUUCUCUCUCUGUGAUCACCUCUGCAGUCCUGGUGAUUUUCCUUAAGCAUCGCGACACACCGAUCGUCAAGGCCAACAACCGAGAUCUCACCUACAUCCUCCUGGUCUCCCUCCUGUUCUGUUUCCUCUGCUCCUUCCUCUUCAUCGGUCAACCCAGGAAGCUCACCUGUCUCUUCCGACAAACUGCCUUUGCCAUUCUCUUUUCCCUUGCGGUUUCCUCUGUGUUGGCAAAAACUGUCAUGGUGGUUCUGGCCUUCAUGGCCACCAAGCCAGGGAACAGGACAAGGACAUUCUUAGGAAAGCCACUGACCAACUUCAUUGUCUUAGCUUGCCCCCUGGUUCAAGCAGUUCUUUGUGCCACCUGGCUGGUAACCUCUCCCCCGUUUCCCACCUUGGACUUCCACUCCUUGAUAGGAGAGACCAUCUUGGAAUGUAAGGAAGGCUCAGCUUCUAUGUUUUAUGCUGUCCUCGCCUACCUGGGUUUCCUGGCCCUCCUCAGUUUCACGGUGGCCUUUCUGGCUAGGAAAUUGCCUGACAGCUUUAAUGAAGCCAAGUUCAUUACUUUUAGCAUGCUGGUCUUUUGCAGCGUUUGGAUCUCCUUUCUCCCCACCUACCUGAGCACCAAAGGGAAAUCCAUGGUGGCCGUGGAGAUCUUCUCCAUCUUGGCCUCUGGAUCCGGUCUCUUGGCUUGUAUCUUUUCCCCCAAAUGCUACAUUAUCCUAUUGAGGCCCGAUCUGAAUUGCAGAGAAAAUAUAGUGAGAAACAAAAAUUUCUGA